AUGUACAUAAACAACACCAGACCAGAGUUAACAUGUCGACUCGCAUUGCAGUGGUAACCGGAGCAAACAAGGGCAUUGGUCUGGAAAUCGUGAGAUCCCUAUGUUGCCAUUUCGGGCAGGAUGGCAUCGUUUACCUGACCGCUCGCAAUGAAGGGCGUGGCCUGGCAGCCGUUGAGCUCCUUCAGAAAGAGGGGCUCAAUCCUAGAUUUCAUCUUCUUGACGUCACCGACAAGGAGAGCAUCGAUGAACUACGGAAUCACCUGGAGAAGGAACAUGGCGGGAUUGAUAUUCUGAUCAACAAUGCCGGAGUAACGUCCAUUCAGUAUGCAGAUCUACCCAAGUAUGAGCAAUCACUGUGCGUUAUGAAUACAAACUUCUUUGCCGUUCUAGAAAUCUGCCGGAGUUUAAUGCCCCUGGUUCGGCCAAAGGGAAGGAUCGUUCAUGUUGCCAGCUCGACGGCGUAUCUUUUAUUCAGAGAAGAUUUCGACGAGGAAUUGAGGAACCGAUUUCGACAGGCUAAUGCGGUACAAGACGUCGUCGAUCUGAUGGAUGAAUAUCUAAAAUUCUGCAAAGAAGGGAGUUUAGAAGAACACGGAUGGACAGAUAAGCCAUACUGGGUAGCCAAACUCGGCGUCAUUGUAUUAUCUAAGAUACAAGCAAGGGAAUUAAUAUCUGAACAGGAAUCAGCGCAGGAUAUCUUUGUCAAUGCGUGUUGUCCAGGGUUCGUAUACACCGAUAUGUCUGCUCAUUUGCCAGAUGAUUACUUUGGAGGAACUAGAGUUACAACCGUAGAGGGCGCCGAUACUCCUGUUUUUCUGUCGCUUCUUCCCCCUGGCGCAGAGGGCCCAAAUGGAGAGUUUAUUUUUCGAAGACAAUCCUAUGAUUUUCUCCACACCGAUGUUAUUUUGAUUAUUUGAUUGGUUUCAGAUUGAUUGAUUGAUUGAUUGGUUUCAGAUUGAUUGAUAGAUUGAUCGAUUGAUUGAUUGGUUGAUUGGUGGAUGGAUUGAUUGAUUGAUUGAUCGAUUGAUUGGUGGAUGGAUUGAUUGAUUGAUGGAUGGAUGGAUGGAUUGAUUGAUUGACUGACUGACUGAUUGAUUGCUUUUAUUUCUGCAUUCAAUUCAUCAAAUAUAAACUUACAAGGUAAUAUGUACAAAUGUAAUAAUUAUAUAACAAAUUAAUUAUAUUGCUGUAGUAUAAGCAAUGGAUCAAUAACAUUUAAACAAAAUUACUCAAUAAACAAAAAGACAAUUCAAAAGAAUGCAGGAGACCGCCAUUGUGAGUAAAUAGGCUCGAUAAUGAUGGCGGCCUCAUAAAAAGGUAAAAGUAUUUCUUCAUUGAUCAAGUGAGUACAAUGCAAGUGCAGAUGCACUAGUAGGGAGCAGUUCAUGUUUAAACUUAAGAAUGAGAUGCAUAAUAUUAAAAGGUGUUUCGUUUAA